AAACAAUGCAUACCGUCUUCACAAGGUUAGAGAGAGAUAGGCCUUCCCGUACAAGUGCUACUCUAGCAGAAGAGAGAUACAGAGAGAGAUGUUUAUCACUCAUCUUCAAAGAUUUCACUCCUACUUCUUCCCCAUCUUGACUUCCCAACCUUGUCUCUUCACCCAACUCUUCUUUUUCCCCAAGCCCAGACUACCCAUCUCUGCCACUCUCUUCUCCACGCCCAAAACCAACCCAAUCUCUCACUUCUCUUCAACCCCAACCCUUCCCUCUCUUCCCAAACCCACAAAGCCUGAAACUUUUUCACCCCUAGAAGAAACCCACCUCGAAAUCCCCAUCGAAAAGCUAUUUGUUCCUCCAGAAACUGACAUUUCAUCCCAAAACUCACCACUCAGUACUAGAAUUUUGAAGGGUUCGAAUAUAGUGCUGAGCAAGUAUGCCAGAGAUGCUCAGGUCGUGCAAGCAGAGUUUGUGAAGAGCAGUGUGAGGACAGAGGAUUGUCCCUCUGAUGGGAUUCCGGAGUUUGCACUUGUUGGGAGAUCAAAUGUUGGGAAAUCAUCACUUCUCAAUUCGCUUGUUAGGCGGAAGAAGUUGGCCCUCACUUCGAAAAAACCCGGAAAGACACAAUGCAUCAACCAUUUUCGGAUCAAUGAUAGUUGGUACCUAGUCGAUUUGCCAGGAUAUGGGUUUGCAGCGGCACCACAUGAACUUCGAACCGAUUGGGACAAGUUCACAAAAGACUAUUUUCUAAACCGAUCAACUCUGGUCUCUGUAUUCCUCCUCAUAGAUGCUAGCAUUCCUGUAAAGAAAAUCGAUCUUGAAUAUGCAAGUUGGUUGGGUCAAAAUCAGAUUCCCAUGACGUUGAUCUUCACAAAAUGCGACAAGCGAAAAAAGAAGAAGAAUGGGGGAAAAAGACCUGAAGAAAACGUGCAAGAUUUUCAGGAGUUGAUACGAGACUUCUUUCAAACUGUACCACCUUGGAUCAUGACCAGCAGUGUCACCAAUCAAGGUCGAGAUGAGAUACUAUUGCACAUGGCGCAGCUACGAAACUACUGGCUCAAACAUUAAGAAAUAUUUUUUUGACUCUGCUAUUGGGACAGGAGAGAUAAAAUGAAGAAUGCCUUCGAGGGUGGAUAGGAGGGAACUGCCAGACUCGAGAUGGUUGCUGCCAUUGCGAAUCUGCAAUGCAAGUUUUUGAUAUGUUUUCACAGAGAUGAAGAUUAAAACCCUAGCAGAAGCUGGUGAUUGAUAGCCUAUGAGCCUAUUAUGACUAUAUGCAAAAAUCUAAAAUUUUGGAUGUUUAAUAGCUGUGUAAUUUUUCAAAAGCUACCUUCUGAUUAUAUAUCGUUUGUGACCUUA